UAGCUGGGGCGGCAACCCCAGAACCUGCUGGACAGGGGAGAGGACAGACGGAGAAGGAUGGAUAGAUUCUGGACGACCCCCGGCCAAUUCUCCCUUCUCGCAGCUCUGGUCCCGCGGCUGGUUCAGGCCCAACCCUUGGCCCAGCGGAAGCCGUGGCUGGUGGGGCUGGGGGCUGCGCUGGCCUCCCUCUUCCUCAUCUUUGUCCUCACCUUGGUCUACGCCAUCUGGUGCAGCGAGCCCUGGGACAGCAAUAAAGAGAAGGAAGAGGAGACUGUGAGAAAUGAGGAGAAGGAGGGAGAGGGCGACUGGGGGUUGGAACUGGAGGAGAGAGGGGCCUCCGGACCAUGAAGCAAUGGCAAGCUCCUCCUCGUGAAGGUUUCCCACUCAUCUCCUCCAGGCAGCCAUCCAAAGAUGCCCCAGUGCCUUCUCCAUGCCGUAUCAGCAAGGACCCGGCCCUGGGGCCAGUGAGAUGACUCCACCUGGGAUUCAGGGUAAAGUGGCCCUUGAGUGCAGAGGACUCAGGACCUGCCCCAAGUCCCUCUUAGAGGGCUCUCUGCGUGUUACCUGGUGGCCCUGUACCCCUUCCCAAGCUUGGUCUCCACCUGAUGAUUCUUCUUGAGCUUGGAGGACACCCCUGGCACAAGGAGCAACCACCUCCCCGAGACCCCCUACUAUCUCAUAUCUCUACCCAGUCUGCAUCGCUGGCAACUUUUGGCCCUUUUGAUUUCUUCUCCCACCUCCGAUUUCUAUUGCCCUUUGGAUUUCAUCGGAGAAGCCAGGUCCUCCUCUUGCCCACGUGCAAGCUCUUACAAGAGUUUUCCAGGCCUGCUUCGAGGAAUCCAUAGGAGUCACUUGUCUCCCAGCCCCCCUCCUGGCCUCGGCUUGCUACUCCUGAACGUGAACUUUGAGCUGGCUCAGAGCAAGGCCAUUUCCUGGGAGAUGGCUUCUCCUACCUUGUGCUCAUUUCGGGGCACUGUCCUGGAGGCAGGGACUCCCAGGCCCUGGGGUGAGGGUGCAGGAGUGCGAGUGGGGAGGAACGCCUUCUUCCUGUCCUGCACUCCUUGUGGGGAGGCGCCAUGCAGAAGAAGGAGUUGGAGUCCCCACUUCUUUGCUGUGUAGCCCCGAGGCAAGUAACUUAACCUCUCUGUGCCUAAGUGUCCUGUCCUGUAAAAGGGGAGGAUAAUAGAUUCUUCACAAGUCGUCAUGAGGUUUGAAUGAAAUACGGUCUACAGAAAUCCUGAGCGCAGAACCCAGCACCCCAAAAGCGUCUUAAUAAAUGUCGGCUUUUUGUUAUGCUGAAA